CGUUGGGGGGAUGAGCGUUUCCCGUUGCAAACGUAUUAGGGCUGGGCAAAAUGAAGUAUUUAUCAUUGAAAAGAAUUCUAGCAUUUCACAUGGUUUCAGCAUAUCUGAAUAGCUGCUCUUGAAAAUAAAAAACAUAUCACAUCGUAAAUAAUUAAAUUCAAGUUUGGAAUAAGAAUGUGAUAUAAUAACCGAUGACCGAUUUUUUAAAUUAAUUAGGGUUAGGAAUUUUAGGACAUGCCUAAGGCUCUCAUCAAAAUGUACUGUAAAAAUGUAUAUCAUCAUUGUUAGUUUGGGUCUCUGUAUGAUGCCAAUCAAAUAUGGAAAGAUGACAUAAAAUAAUAGCCUAGCCCUUAAUCAGAAAAUAGCUGCCUUACAGUGCAAGACUUUCAGUUGUCCCUAAACCAUGGGGUCUGUGCCUAGCCGACAGAUACAAGUCCACACCAAGACGCAAGUUACAUUUUGUUGGGGUUAGUAUAUGUUUCCUCACUUUGCCUGACAAUAUCCCAUAGGCAAUAUGUUAAGGUGAAUUAAGAUGAACAGAUAUGCAUUGUGGAUCCAAUGUUGGAUGUCAUUUUUGCCUUAGAAUAAAAUGUGGCCUAUACUUUUGCAGUAAAUCCAACUGUAUUUUAUAUAGUAUUUUAAGACAGUUGACACUCGUUAAUAAUACAAUACAAAAUUAUGCUUGAUUAUGUUCUGGGAGAAAUCAUGAAAUGUGUAAUUGGACCUGACACUAUGCGGCAGUAUUCCCCUCAGAGCACCAGGGUCGGCCACUAAUCCCCUCAGAGCACAAGGGUUGGCCGCUAUGUGGCAGUAGGCCCCUCAAAGCACAAGGGUUGGCCACUAUCCGGCAGCAGUCCCCUCAGAACCAGUAGUCCCCUCAGGGCACUAGGGACGACCACUAGGCGGCAGUAUUCCCCUCAGAACCAGUAGUCCCCGGCCCUCAGAGGACCAGGGUCGACCACUAGGCAGCAGUAGUCCUCUCAGAGCACCAUGUUCGACCACUAGGUGGUAGUAGUACUCUCAGAGCACCAUGGUUGGCCGUUUGGAUUCUGGCCGAAGAAGAGCAUUGUGCUUGCGCCGGGAAAGAGGCGACGCGCUACAUGUCUGCUUUGACAUAAUCUAAACUAAAGGAUAAAGGAAAAUUCAAGAGUUAUCAAGACAGCAGUUUCAUUAUUAUGCGGGAGCAACACACAGGACAGCCAGAGAGAAAACAAGGUAUGCUACUAUGCAUCAGGCUACUCCCUGAACUGUGAAAUGUAUCAAUACAAAGGUGCAAAUGCACAUUCCUAUUUUCAUAAUAUAAUCUAUCCAGUAAAUAUAAAAUGUCGAUAUUAUGAAACCCAGCACACAUAAAGGCAACAUACUAAGCCAUAUAUUUUAAAAGGCUGCAUUAUUGACAACUGCUUAUUUUUCUUUGACCAUUUUCAUGUUGUAUUGUAUUAAUGAAACUAGAAUUAUAAAGUUUUAUGAUGAUCAAUUGUUUACGGAAACCUUUCUGGAGUUUUCUUAUAAUUUUGCAAGACAUUCCUUUAAAUUAUUAAUUUCUUAAGUUUCGAAAAUAAUUUACAUCAAUUUGUGGUAACCUUUUGAACUUGGCUAUGGCUACGAAGAAAAAGGCCACAGAAGAACAAAUUUCAUCUGGAUCUGUUUGAUUGAGAAUCUCAAUGGCCAGUAUUUUUGCAUCAAAGAAUGUUGCAAAGCAAACUUCUAUUCAUGAACGCAACUAACAAUUAAUAUUUGAACAAAUCAAAUGUGUAUUAAUCUGACGUAUUUCAACACUUAUCUGCUGACCCUUUCUAAAAAUAAUUUGCGAUUCAACCUAUCGAAAACUCGAAAAUGUUGCAGUGUGAAUUUCGCGAUUUUCACAACUCUAGCCAUCUGGAAGUUCUGCUCAAGUUUUAAUUUGUCCAUCCAUGGCAUUAUUAUAUGUUUCUGUUGCCCCGCUGAUACUUUGCAGGAUUGUGGACGGAAUUUUACAGACGCAACACGUACGUUUGAGCAAGCAUUUUUAAAACAUUUAAAAACCGAAACCUUAAAGGAAUCUCGUGGAAUUAGUCAUGUCUCGCCGGAGAAGCCACAGCUCGUCUCCAGGAAACUUCUCCCGCUCCUGCAGCAGUAAAGAUCCCAGAGAUAUGGAGAGGAGGAUUUUCGUUGGGAACCUGCCAACAUCGGACAUGGAGAAAAAGGACUUGGAAGACAUUUUCAGCCAAUAUGGAAAAAUAAUCGGGGUGUCCAUGUUCCGUGGGUUUGGAUUUGUGCAAUUUGAACGUGUAGAGGAAGCGGAAGCUGCAAAGGCGGGCCAUAAAGGUCGAAUAUUUAAAGGUUAUAAAAUAGAUGUAAAUAUGGCCGUGGAGGGACGUCAACCUAAACCGCAAUCCCGGCCGAGCCCUCCACGAAGAGGCCCGUACGGAGGUUACGUAGACGGCAGGGACAGCCGCCCCCGCUCUCGCUCUCCCGUAUACGGACGAGACGCCCGAGAACCCCGGGACAGCAGAGAAGCACGGGAGCCCAGGCCUGGGGGUCCCCCACGGGACCACGAUGACCGCUACCGGGGCUCCGAGAGCCGCGAGAAGGACCCAAGAAGCGACCAUAGGGCAGACCCAAGGGGAGACCCCAGGGGAGACCCGAGAGGAGACCCGAGAGGAGACCCCAGGGGAGACCCCAGAGGAGACCCCAGAGGAGAUCCCAGAGGAGACCCUUCAUUCAGGGAGGAGUAUGACCGAUACUACCGCGCUGCAGCUGCCCCCGACGACUUCUACCGCAAGAAGGAAGAUCCCUACAGAGACUCGUUCAGAGACCCGUGGAACGGACGGCGAGACCCAGAGAGUGAGCGCGGGCGCCCAGAGGACCUGCGGCGUAACGAGCUGUACCGCCAGUACUUUGAGGAGCUGCAGCGGCGCUACGACACGGAGCGGCCCGUCGACUGCUCCGUCAUCGUCGUCAACAAAGUGCAGAAUUUGCAACCCAACUGUAGGGAGUAUGCCGAGACGGUGGGCAGGAAGGUGCGGGACCUGGGCAUGGUGGUGGACCUCAUCUUCCUGAACACGGAGGUGUCCCUGACGCAGGCUCUGGAGGACGUGGGGCGCGCCCGCACGCCCUUCGCCAUCAUCAUCACCCAGCAGCACCAGGUGCAUCGCUCCUGCACCGUCAACAUCCUGUUUGGCACCCCUCAAGAACACCGCAACAUGCCCAUGCAGGACGCCAUGGUGCUGGUGGCGCACAACUACGACACCUACAAGGUGGAGAACCGCGAGAAGGAGCGCGAGGAGAUCGCCAGGAAGGCCGCCAAAAUGGCAGACGACGUUCUGGUCCGAGAGGCGGACCGAGAGGCCCACCCCGUGUCCCUGCUGACCGCCAUCACGCUGCUCUCCGAGAACAGGUUUGUGACGCCAGAGGAGUUGGACAGUCUCAUCGCUUACUUGAAGGACAAGAGGCUGCGCUUGGUGCGACCCAGUGCAGACCCACAUGCAGCUGCUAUCCAUCCGGCUGCUGCGGCCCCCCAUGCGGCGCCGGCCCCCCACGCCCACCCGGUCCACGCCCCCGUCCAGCAGAGCCACGGCGGCCUGCCGCCCCCCUCGGCCCCCCAGCCCAGCGCCAACCCCAACCAGCAGGAGCUGCAGGCCAAGAUCCUCAGCCUGUUCAACAGCGGCGCCGGGGGGGCCCUGCCCUCCUCCGCCCUGCCGGCCGGCGGCCCCAACAUGGCCCCCCAGCCUCAGCCGUACGGCUCCAUGGGCCCCCAGCACGGCCCGCCCAGCAUGUCCCACCCCUCGGGCGGCCUGACCGCUCCCUCCCAGAACCCCCAGAUGCUGGGAGGAGGCCGGUCCUCCAUGCCCCUCGCGGGGCCCCCUCCGCCCGCCGGGGCCUCUGGCUACGGCAUGCCCCUGGGCCGGGGCCCCGCCCCUCCGCUGAGCCAGCGGCCCCCCAGCUCCGCCUCGGGCAUCAACUUCGACAGCCCCAGCGUCCAGAAGGCGCUGGACACUCUGAUCCAGAGCGGGCCGUCACUCAACCACCUUGUGAGCCCGCAGCAGCAGCAGCAGCAGCAGGCCCCGGCCCCCAGGGGCCCGCCGGGCAUGGGCCAGCCGCCCCCCAUGUCCAUGUACCCCCGCCAUUACUGAGGGCCACACAGCCAAUCAGGUCUCUUCUGACUGAUCUUGUAGGGGGACGCAAGAAGUACAACCUUGAUCGUUUGAUUCACCAGCUGUGUGUAGACCAUGUUUUUCCUACGUGUAAAUGCUUUUAAGUUUUGAGUUUUGUUUAGCUCAGUUCAUUUGUUGGAGCCUGUGUAGUUGUGAGAGCUCAUUCAAACCCGUUUCCUGUGUUUUCAACUAUUGACGCUGCAUUGCAUGUGUACAGAAGAUGUGAGAAGGAACCCUGAGUUGUCUCAAACCAUUAACCGUAGUCGGUGCCGUUAUUUUUGUUGCAUCUUGAAAUAUUAUUUUUCUCCAGAUAUUGUCCCAAACAUGAUUGAUGACUCAAACACAAUUAGUGUAAUAAAAUGGUAUUGGUUUAUUGCAUUUUGUGCUGACAAAUCUAUAAAAUGGAACGGUAUCGCCAGAAGCCAUAGAGAUAUAGAAGCAUUUGAAAUGUAAGAUAAAACUACUUUUUUCCUUUUUUUUUUAUGUACCAUGAAACACAAUAGAGAAUACACUUUUUUUUAAUUAGAAUAUUUAACUUACACUGACACAAAAAAUAAACACCUCCACAUUAACUGUACUUGAUUUAUUUACACAAACCCCCACCCAACCAGUCACACCCCCCCCUAGCAGAUACGAGUGCACAUGUACACAUACACCCCCACAGAACUGAAAGGAAACAACUACAUCUUUUACCCUAAGACUAGGUACACAAUCCAGGAGGGUUAAUGAAAGGUUUGGAAUGAAAAAAAAUUGUCAUAUUCAUAUAUGCGUUUCUAUAGUUGUGUUUGUUAUAAUAUAUAUAUAUAUAAUCAACCCUACAUCCAUCUCAACCGUUUGUACAAAAUUGUACCCCAAACUCCAGUGAAUUAAAGACAAACCCUAAGUUUCUGGAUCCCAGGAAAGCAAGACUUUUUUUUCAGAAUCAUUUAAGAAUGACUAAUGGUGUCUUUUUAGAUUAAUACAAGAUUUUAGUGAUUUGCUGUUCAUUAGAAUUUUUAGGUAAACCUUAACUAAUCUGCAACACCCGACUAGAUUAAUUUCAGUGUGGGCUUUUCUAUAUAAAGAAAAGGGUUUUAACAUCAAAAUAUUCUGGCAUGCCUUUUAAACUAGCGUUCCUCAGAGUUUGUAUUAAUUCAUCAGAGUACUUCAUCGGAGCACACAUCACUUAUGUAGGUAAUUGAAAUAUACUUUGGUAAUGUAUCUGCAGAUAUAUCUAUAUAUAUAAUUUGACACAAACGACACUUAAUGUGAAAUAAUCUUUUCAACAAAUCUACCAAAAAAUAGAAUCUUGUACUGUAACUUAGGCUCUAUUCAUUCAUCUUGGAUACACAUGGCCAGUCAAAAAGAAAAAGGUAGCAAACAAUUCAUACUACUGAAAAAGAAAACUCCAAAAAAACAUUACAAACAAAAUACUUUGGAUACAACAAACACUCAAUAUAUUAUCAAUACUACAGUUUGUUGAGGGUAUUCUGCAUGCAUGCAUUAAGUUACACAACAUAACUGGACUGGGGCUCUGCUUGGGCCAAACCGGGAACAGCCUCUGAGUGUUAUUCACAUCUGGAUCAAUAACUAAAAUAAAACCAGCCGCUGAUCAGCCUUACAAUAACUGCUUUAGCGCAGAUAUUGAUGGGGAAAAGAAAGGGAGUUCAUAAAUGAAUCAGGCCUAGCUCUAAAAGCAGGAUUGUGGGACUGUGUUCAGAUUGUAGGGUUUGUUUGUGUAUUCUCUUUAGUUUGACAUCCUUUCACCGUUAACAGAUGUGUUGCAGAGCCCUUUAUAUCCAUUGGAGGAUGGAGUCUUGGUCAGAUCACCGGCAGGUAAGUCUCAUGCUACAGUAGUGCAGGUGAAGAUCUGUGUUCAUGGAUCAAAUGGGGACUAGAAGCUGACUGUUUCUGUGUUUUUUUAAUCUGCUUGUGGUCCAAGCAGAGCCAGUACCAGAAUUGGAAGCGCUUGUUUUAUAUUCUUUGAUAAUUUUUUCUGAAUUAUACUGCAAUCACAUAUAAGUACAGAUGUGGGAGGGGUUAUGAGUGGAAUGGGAGGAGGCUAUGGGUGUGGGCCGAUGGUUGGGGCUGGGUGUGGGUUUUUGGGGAGCCUCACCAAACAAAUUGAGUA